GCCGAUUAUCAACAAAACCCGUCUUCUGAGCCUUGGAACCAUACGCCUGUCUCGCAGGAGCCAGAAAUGUCGGCCAAAACGGUCACAGUGACCGCACCUGUGCAGAGGACGCCGUUGUCCAGGCCCGUCAGUCGAGGGGUGCCCACGGAGGAAUUGUUUAUUCUUGUUUUAGGCCAGCCUGGCGUUGGAAAAACGUCUUUCAUAAACACCGUUAGCAAUUCAACACUUCGAAUCAGCAGUGGUGCGGACGGAGCUGAAGGCGAAAAGCUGGAAUUGUCUCUACCUUUCUUUGUCGACGGCAAAGCUGUACGGUUGAUCGACACUCCAGCGUUUGGAGACCCUAACAAGAGCGACACCGAAGUCCUAACCGCAAUCGCGUCGUAUUUGGCAAGCGAGUAUACCAACAGCAGAAAGCUCGCAGGCGUCAUCUACCUCCACAGUAUCGCAGCUACCCGACUUCGUGGUCCUGGCCGUCGCAACCUCUCCCUCUUCACCAAACUAUGCGGAAAGCAAGCGCUGGCUAACGUCGCAAUCGUCACCACACGCUGGGACCAAGUGGACCUGAGGUCUGGCGAAGCCAGAGAAGUCGAACUCCAGUCCAAACCAACUUUACUCAAGCCCUUGGUUGAAGCCGGCGCUACACUGUUCAGAUACAUUCGUUCGGAUGACGUUGCAGCUCUUUCCUCCGCGCAGAACAUCAUUCGCUAUUUCCUCCAUCGACCCGCCCUUCCAUUGCUCGUCCAACAAGAGAUGGUAGACGACGGACAACUCAUCCCAGAGACCACCGCCGGACGGGCUCUUCACAAGGAAUACCGCACGCAGCUCGACGAACUUCAGAAGAACAUGCAGGAUUUGCGACUGGAAUACGACGAGUUGAAGAAGGAGAACAGGAUGGCUACAGCCAGGAAGGUCAAGAGCGAAAUGAUUGCAAUCAAGGAGGCGGCUGAGAAAUUGAAAGAGGAGAGCAAGAAGCUGAGCGGCGCCAAGAUGACCAUUUUGCCCUCCCAGCCUCUCAAGUUGCUAAUCUCCCCGACCGCCGUGGAGCAAGCAACCGCAGCUGCCCAGCCACGCGCCCGAAGGCCCCCACCCAUUGCCAGUCCGCAUUAG